AUGUGUACUUGUAGCGGUGAUGGAACAGAGCUGACAGCCAAGCCAAAGAGAAGCUUCUAUGCAGCAAGGGAUUUAUACAAGUACCGACAUCAGUAUCCACAGAACUUUAAAGAUCUUCGAUACCAAAAUGACUUGUGCAAUCUCCGCUUUUACAAAAAUAAAAUCCCUUUUAAACCUGAUGGAGUUUAUAUUGAAGAAGUCCUAAACAAAUGGAAAGGAGAUUAUGAAAAACUGGAACAUAACCACACAUACAUACAGUGGCUUUUUCCACUGAGGGAACAAGGUCUGAACUUCUAUGCGAAAGAAUUAACUACGUAUGAAAUUGAGGAGUUCAAGAAAACAAAAGAAGCAAUUAGAAGAUUCCUUUUGGCUUACAAAAUGAUGCUGGAAUUUUUUGGAAUAAAACUAAUUGAUAAAACUGGAAACGUAGCACGAGCUGCUAACUGGCAAGAAAGAUUUCAGCAUUUGAAUGAGUCUCAACACAACUACUUGAGAAUCACUCGAAUUCUGAAAAGUCUUGGUGAACUUGGAUAUGAGAGUUUCAAAUCUCCCCUGGUAAAAUUUAUUCUCCAUGAAGCUCUUGUGGAAGAUACCAUUCCCAAUAUUAAGCAAAGUGCUCUAGAGUAUUUUGUGUAUACUAUUAGAGACCGAAGAGAAAGGAGAAAGCUCCUGAGAUUUGCUCAGCAGCAUUAUACACCAUCAGAGCAUUUUAUCUGGGGACCCCCAAGAAAACAGAAGUCAGAGGGAAGCAAAACAAAUAAAAAGCCAGCAUCUCCAAUUUCUGUGCACGGUAGUUAUAUUUCUAAGCAUAAGAAACUGAAGGAGCCUAAGAGUACAUCCACGAGUGGAACCUCAGUUAGUAAAGCAACUGAAGAGAGAAAAGUAGAACUCACAAAAAAUGGAGAAGAAAAUGAUCAGGAUGAACAAGAAAUGAACUGUGAUGCUGUUAAGCAGAGCAGUGAAAAGAACAGCGGUACUGAUAGCGGUCAGCUUUCAAAAUCAGAAGCAAUUCAUGAUCCUUCGGACAAAAAAGAGGACACUUCUCAUUCCAAAAAGGAUGAUGAAAAUAUGAACAAUGACUGUGGAAAUCAUUCAGGCGUUAUAGAUAAAUCUUUAUGUGACACUGAGAAUUGUUCAAAUAAUGUGUCGUCAGAUCUACAAGAUAACCUUGAUGAGGAUGCACCUGCAGGAGGAAUCACUACAAAAACCAAGGAUGAGAUCAAAUGAUGAGUCUGAGGUUAAAAGUCUUUGUUUCAUAAUGAAUGAAGCAAAUUAUUCAUCACUUCUUCAUUCUUUGUGAAAUUUACAUCUAAUCUAGUAUAAAAUGUUGAAACUUGUUGGGAAUGCAUCAGAUUAGGCUUCUGUUACGCUAAUGAAUUUUGCUUUUUUUAAUCUCGGUUUAUCAGAUGAGAAUCAAGUGUAGUUAUUUAAAAUUAUUGUGUAAAUUCAAAGCCUGGGAAUUCAUUAUGUUUUCCGGGCAUAUUGCAUAGCAGGAAAAGAAAUAGCACUUUUUCCCAUUAAAUUCAUCCAGUAUUUAUUUAUUUAUUUAUUUUAAAUGUAAUUUUCUACUAAGUCUUAGAACAUCCGAAUUGAAGUUUCUUUCAGUGUUGAUUUCUUUUUGUGAAAUGACUAGAAAUUAUUUCAAAAGCAAAAUUUUUCACAAGUGGUUUUUCCCUUAGGAACUGUGUUUAUGUCUAAUGGCAGCAUUUGCACAGCAUCUUUUACCUUAGAUUAGCACCCUUGUCUGAGACAACAGAUCUUGAAACAUCCUAUGCAGCUGAAUAGCCGAUACAUCAAAUAAAUGUUCAGUUACAGUGGAACUGUAUACACAGCUUUUGGGUACAAGGAAAGUUGCACUUUAUAUUUUAGUCUCUUUAAGGUUUCCUCAUGCCUCAUUUGCUGCUUCUGCUGAUUAGGGUUGUGAGGUGGAGUCAUUCUUAGGUUUGGUCUCAGUAUGAAAGUUUUCUAGCUCUCUGUCUCUCAACAGCUGGCUUUAGCAGCUGGAAAGCCCCUUUCCCCAGGGAUCAACCGCCAGCAGCCUCAAAAGCAGUUCUAUUUUUUUGUUUGUUUUGUUUUGUUUUUCCCCACAGGAAAACACUACUUAACCAUCAGAGCCACUGGAGGAAAUGUCACCUGGCCUGUCCAGCUGAAUCUGAACUAAAUUUGAGUGAGGUCUGUACAAUGCAGAAUCUCCUGAUGCUGGCCUGUGGUAGAAAGCCAGUCCUGCUGGUCUAUGAGUGAAAGGAGAUUCAAAUCUUUUCUCUCUGUCAGAGGUUUUUCACUUUUUCAUGUUAUUCAGUAGGCUGAGAACUGAAAGAAGCCUGUCUGCCAGCCUGACUAGAGCAGAUAGGAAUUUUGGUUUUGUUUACUUAAUGACCACGUGAUUUUCCUGAGCAUCUUUUUCUAACUUCAUGCCAUUCAGUCAAGCAAGAUGCUACCCAGCAAGUUAAUUGUAUACCAUAUGGAUUAAAAUGUAGUGUAGGUAGAACUCAUGCUUUCUACAGUCCUAAAAUAGUCUACUAUAUGUAUUUUCUAUUUUAAAAUGUAUAUAUUAUCCACUGCCUUUGAUGUAUUUUUGAUGAAAUAUUAUAAAGCAAGUACCUGACUAUGGUUUGAGUGUCAGAGUGCUGCAAGACUUCAUUCGAGUCUUGUAACUUAAAAUGAUGGUCUUCACGGGUUUAAAAACAUAGACAAAAUGUCUUGUAUUUUUCUCUAAUUUCCUUUAUGGCAGUGCAUCAUCUCUUUCUUUCUCCAGGUAGCUUUUUUUCUUGGGGUCAAACAGAGUUGUGAUUAGAGAUCUUGGCACCUAUGGAGAAAGAUUAAGCUCUUUCCAUCCAAAAGAAACAGAGGGAAGCUAUAUUUCUACUUUUUCUGUGCUUUUUUGUAAGGAAAGGAUUGUAUGUAAAUCUUUGUUUUCAGUUGUGGUUGUUUGUUUGUUUUUUUUUUUUUUCAAGGGUAGCCCAGGUUGCUCAACAGGCAUUGAGUCUGUCUGAAUGGAAAUGUGCAAGAGAAUUCCCUCACAGUCAAUGCUUCAUGAAAGAUGACUACUCAGCUGGUGCUGAGAAUGACCUUCCAAUUGCCCUGGUCUUGAACCAGAGUCCCCUUUUUCAUGUUUGUCACUGACCUUCUGAGCAGAAGAAGGCAGGAAAUGCUUAGAUAAAAUUAGUCCAUAUAGUUAAAGACUCCAACCUUACGCAUACACUCAGAGAGGACAGUUCUGUGUUCUGCCUCUGACUUUUUAAAUCUCGAGUGCCUAACCAUGCCAACUUAAUAGCGUUGUUUUAACAUAGUUAUUACUUGAAUGGCAUAGGGAAAAUUUACACUGUGUAUGAAGAACAGAAGUAUAAGCUAGUUAUACAGAACCUUCAGUUCUAGACUUCAGUAUUGAUGUUAAACAUUUUUU